AUGCCAUUCUCAGACGAGACGAAGGACAGGUUCAACGCAGCUGUGGGCGUCGCAAAGACCAUUGUCACUGUCGGCUGGAUCCCUAUGAUCAUUUACAUCGGAUACAGAAACUCGUCUCCUCAGCCAUCGCUUAUCAAGCUCAUCACACCGCUGGCUUGA